GGGCAGCGCGCUGUUCCCGGCGGUUCCCGCCUCCUGUCAGGCGCCGGCGAGCCGAGAUGAUGGCGGCGGGCGGCGGGGCGGCGCGGGGCGAAGGGGUUGCCGCCACCACCGCCACCACCGCCGGCACCGGCACCAGCUUCCGGCGCUCGGGCGGCAGCCGCCUGGCCGCCGUGCCCGGCACUCGGCCCGCCCUCCGUCACGGGCGGCUGCUGAUUUCCUGCGGGGUCCCCUCCCUGGACUGUGUGCUAGGUGGAGGCUUAGCUGUUGGAACCCUUCUUCUAAUUGAGGAAGAUAAAUAUGGGGUUUACUCCAGUCUGCUGUUGAAAUAUUUUCUCGCAGAGGGAGUUGUCUGUGGACAUGACUUGUUUGUUGCUUCUGCUCAGGACCCUCCAGCCAACAUCUUAAAGGAACUUCCAGCCCCUUUGCCUGAUGAUAACUUCAAAACUGAACGAGUAGAAGCGACAGCUGCCAAGUCUGAAGAUUGUCAGGACUCUAUGCAAAUAGCCUGGCGCUACCAAAAUGCACCAAAAGUGGAGACCAGCCCAACAACAUCUAUAAAGUUUGGACAUUAUUAUGAUGUUUCUAAAAAAAUGUCUCCAGAACUGCUUCAAUCCAUAAGAUGGCACAGUUUUUUCCUUCCUGACGAAUUGCCUUUAGAGCCUAAACUAAAAAUGUGUAAUAUGAACUGUGGUUAUGCAAGGCUGCUUCAGUCCAUUCAGAGUGUCAUUUGCCAGGAGGGAUUUGAUGGCUCUCAUCCCCAGAAAAAACAAAAGAAUAUUUUACGGAUAGGAAUUCAGAGUCUUGGUUCCCUGCUGUGGGACGAUGACAUUUGUAGCACCAAUACUCCUGAAGAUAUUCAUAGCAUUACAAAAUUUCUGUACAUUCUACGUGGCUUCCUCCGAAAAUCUUUAUCGGCUUGUAUCAUCACAGUGCCCUCUCACCUUAUUGAGAAUAAAGCAAUUAUGGAACGUGUAACAAACUUGUCAGAUAUGGUAGUUGGUCUUGAAUCAUUUAUUGGCUCUGAGAGAGAAACCAAUCCAUUAUACAAGGAUUACCACGGUUUGCUUCAUGUGCAUCAGAUUCCUCGGCUUAAUAGCUUGAUCUGUGAUGUGUCAGACACGAAGGACCUUGCUUUUAGAUUAAAAAGGAAGCAGUUCACCGUUGAGCUUUUGUUUGCAUACACGGAGUCUUGGUUGGGAAGCUUGAACACUUCUCAAGCAUUUCAGCAGAGAGACCCAAGUUCUCGUAGAGCAGCGCGGGCUUCGCCAGCAGCUCUGGAACAUUUCCAGUGAGCCAUCUGUGGUGUGAUAGGAAAUCCAUACUUUGUGGCAUGUUGCAAUGUCAUUCAAAGAAAGAGGAGUGGAGUCACAGUCUCGGUGAGAAGUUUCAUGUAGUUGCAGGACUGAAUUCCUCUCCGUAGCUUCUUACUCUUCAAGCUAAGAAUUGCAGGAAAGAACAUCCGGCUUUCCUGCACAAGCAACAGAGAUGGGCAAGCACUUGCAGGAAUGAUUCAUCUCGAAAUAUAUAAUAUAGGUUAGACAGCUGACUUGUAGACAGCUGCAACGAGGUUGAAUGAAUCCAUCAGGGAAGAGAAUGUGACAUGAACGUUAGCAUCCAUCCAGACUAUCCUGAGAGCCCAAGAAUUAUUCAGACUUGCAUUACAGUCCCACAGUCCUCCCACAUAAGCUCAGGAGAAGAGGUUGAGCAAAAAGAACACAUCUAAGGAUCUGUUUUAGUCUCCUUGCUUUACAUAUGUGCAUGACCCAUGCACAGACCCAUGAACUACUAUUUGAGUUUAGAACAAUAUUUCUCUUCAGCUUUUAGACAAUAUGCUCCAAUCAUAACUAUAACUGGUCUAAAUAACGCCUGCUAGCUUUCCCUUUUUUCACUCCUUUUGUCACUUCUUUUCUUCCCCUAUGCCUGUUCUCUUACACUUGGCUUUCUAUGCAGAGUAAUUUUUCAGAUAGAAUACAUGUGGUCUCUUUUUUCCACUUAGAAGAAGAAAAAAGCUUUGGCAUUAAUACAAUAUUUAUAUAUCAUGAUGUUUUUCAUUCUGCCUGUACAUUUCAGCUUUUAAUUCUUCCUUUCUAUCUACUUUGUAUAUUCAGACUGUAAGUUCUUCAGGACAAAGGCAGUCUUUCAAUAUGUGCUUGAAAAGAGCAUGGUAAAUAAGUAUUAUGAUUGUGUGCUAAAUAUGUAAUUCUGAUUGUAUUUCCCUGAGUUUGGGAUGGGAUAAUUGGGCAAACAUCUGUAGUACCUGGACUGCCUACAGCCAUCAGUGAGUAUUCCAGGCCCCUUUAUGGCAUGGGGAGCUUCUUCACCAUGCAAAGAUUACAACUGUGAUAUAAAGUGUGGCUGUCUCUUGUAAGCAUGAUUUAAGUGCUCCAUUGCCAAACUAAGGCUUGGAAUUCUCAAGCAUCAGAGAAUGGAAAUCUUGUGAUAUUUUUCUCUUUCCCUUCAAUUCCUUCCUAUGUAGCAAAUCAUCUUCAGCACAUCUUGGAGUCUUUCCUUGGAAUGACAGAGUCUGUUCAAACAGCUGUUGGUCACUGGUGUUUUUGGUAAAGUAUUGACAAAUGCUGCACGUGUAAAAACCCAGCAGUGCCUGCUCAUGCAUUAACAGAAGUUCCUCAGCAUCUAGAACCCUCUAGGGAUUCACUUUACACAAACACAUACAGCACAGUAUUUUUCUGGUACAAAUGAUCUCUGAGGUAUUUUCACCUUAAAGAAAUCAAGUUUUAACUCCAGACAUGGGACACGUAGUCUUCUAGUUGGAGAACAGAAGCAGUGCCUUGCAGCACAUCCCAGCAAGUCAGCACAGCUUGUAUGUCUGUAUGGGAGGUAUGCUGGAAGGCUGCCCUGAAAAGGCACAUACUGAAUGAGACUCAGCUUUCUGUAAUGUGAAAUGUCUUUUACAAAAUCAUCACAAGAGGAAGUGGUUUCAUUGUUCUUUGUUUUAGGUCUAUUUGAAUACUUUUUGUAGUAUUGGAAACCUACAGAACAUCAAGGCAGAACAUCACUGCCUUGAAAAUAAGCUGGAAGUCAGAAUUACUCUUGUUUUAUCUUAUGUUCUGUAAGUGGUGCAACGUAAGGCUUUUAUAAUUGUGUUGGGAUAUAUUAAGAGCUGUUAGCCAUGUAUGAAAAUUAUUUUCAUGGUAGCAAUGUGUCCCUUAGCAAGCAGAUGGGGAUAUGUAGGUACAAGUAUAUUUCUUAUCGAAAGCCUUCUCUCAUCACCUGAUGUUAACAAUAAUUAAUUUUGACAGUUCCGAUUGUGCUUCAACUUAAAAAAAGAAAUAGGAAACGCAUAUGAUAGGUGUGCUUAUUUUAACAUGGGUAGGUAUUGUCCUGAUUAGUUAUAAGUCAAUCACAGUUACCUGUAAAGCUGAAAAUUUUAGGAUGCUCUUUUAAAGUAUUUUAUCUGUAUAAUCAAUUUAGAAAAUAUUUACCUAAUGGUGAUUUUUAAAUGGCAAUGAAACAUAUGUGAAUAUCUGUAGGCAAGAUGAGUUCUUGUCCACUAUACAGAAAUACAGCUACCUGCUGGUUUGUCUCCUCAUUUCAUGGAAAUACUGAGAAGAAAUGUAAUGUGAGAUUCUUAAUAAACUGGUUUUAACACAGUUUGCCUAAGGCCUCACUGCAUUUGUGGGAUGAUAGUUUGGCACCAUCCUUGCCACAGGUUAAAAGUGCACAUAGACUGUGCACAUAGACUGAGAUGUGAGCACUAGCCCAAGUCCAGCACUACACUGUGAUUUCUGCCUGACCCAGGCCUUGGCUGGGCUGGGACGACUUGCAGUGAGAGUUUGCAGCUUCCUCAGUAGUGAAGGGCUUUCUGCUGUGCCACUGAGAAAUGAACUUACAUCAACUCAGAAGUAUUUUUAGAAUUUGUGACCUUAGUAAGAGUUUUGCAUCUUUUCAUAGUGAUACUGUAAUGUUGUUAGUGAGUGAAUGUCAACACUAGUGCUAUGUCACUCCAUUAGACUGCAUGUCAUAUCAAAAUGUAAAUCAUUUCACCGUGGUACACAUCUCUGGUGGCUCUGGACUUGGAAGUUGGCAAGAAAAGAAGCCAAAACAUAAAGCCACCUCCAUGUCAAGCAUUUGAGCAAACUCUUCUUUCUAGAAGAGAUUUAAUUUCAUACCUGCACAUCUUCUGUAUUUAACCUCAAGACAGCAAUUUGUUUUCGCCAAAAAGAACAGCUGGUUCCCAUGCUGGGCAGUGACCCGUGAGGAAGGCAGGAAACACAAAGUCUAGUGAGGCUAGUGCAGGUAACAUGCUCAGCAUGGGUAGCAGAGCAGCACAGGGCUGUGCAUCCUCCACGGGCUCCCUCGUUCCUUAAAGUAUGCAUUCCUGGUUUGCAUUUCCAGAUGGAAUGUCCUUCUCCCCAGCCUGCCCAUGGUGUCUUAUUCUUUAUCCAGGAAUCUGUUUCCAGACAGGGGAUGGUGACAAUCACUUGACAGUUUGAUUAUUUUCAAGUAAGAAGCCAGGUUCUUCCAAGAGGAGGCUUUAUAAAGCUGCAUUACAGCCUCCUGCAGCUUUCUCCUUGAACCCCAUCUUUUUCAUGUCACCUACAAAAAUGCCAAGUCUUUUCCUAGGUACCAUGGUAGUCAAAGUACAUACUAACCAAUAUAAAUGAGGCAGUAAAAAAAAAGAUAUAAAAAGAAAGCAUAAUGCAUGGGGUGCAUUAUGGGCAUCAUAAGCAGAAAAGGAAGCAAUAACAGAUGAACUGCUGUACCUCUGUGCAUGCUUGUCAAAGAGAAGUGAGUAGGAUAUUAAGCUCCCCGACUAGAAGCCUGCAUCUUUCAUUUUCCCAGCAUUCCUAAAAUUCUUCUCCCCACCCUCCUCUUCCCCCUGAACCAAAUCCCUUAGGCUUUGGUGACUUCAGUCUUCACAGAGUUGCAGUAAAUGGAACUGGAAGGGAUCUAGAGAGGUCAUUCACCCAUCUCCCUGCCCCAAGGCAGGACUGUAGCCAUAGUAGACUAAUAAGCAAUUUUUUGGCCAGACAUCCAAAUAGAAUUAUGAAGAUUGUUUAUUUAAGAUAUGUUUAAAGUUGCAAUUUCAGAAAUUUGGGCUCAGUUAAAAUUUUCAUGUCAGUGUUAGCAGAAUCACAAGGUAGUUGCUUCAGUAUAUCUCAAGAUCAAUCUCCCACCUCUUCUUCUGAUCGGACUCGGUGAUAUUGCAUCACUGAUGUUACCAUUGAUUUGUCUGCUAUAGAAUUACACUUAUAAUACAAUGAUGGUUUUGGAGAGAUAUAAAGAAGAAUUACUUGGUGUUUAGUUCUUUGCCUAUAUAUAUAUAUUUGGUUACUGUAUUACUACCAAAUAUUUUUAUACUUAAAGAAUUUCCAAGAAUUUUUUCUCUUAGUUGUCCUCAAUUAAUGAACUAUUGCUGUUCCUUUAAUGUCUUGGACUUCAGUUAUUUAUGAGUAUUUUAUCCAGUAUAAAAGUAAUCUGUACCUCACACAGACAUGUAUUUCCACAAAAAUGAAAAGUACUUUGGUGAACCAAUUACUGUUUCUACUACAGAGGUUCAAUAAGAGAUUUCACUAGGACUAAAGGAUUGCCCAGUGUCCCCUCUGGCCUGACACUUUACAUCUUCUUAUCUUCCUCUUCUACUUUUUUUUCCACGUUGAGAACAAAUGAAGUCAUUAGAAGUUUUCUUCAGGCCGAGAGGGAGGAGCAGAAGCAAAGUAAGGCAAAGUAUGCUAUAAGUUUUGUCUGAGCUGUUUUCCUUUCGUAAGGCAUGCCCCGAAGCUGUGUGCUUAGCUGUGUUCUGUGUAAUUGUGCCUAUUACUGCAAAGCCCUCCUGACCUGACCUGGGAGCAGUGGGAAGCGCCAGCGGAUCGUACCCGUGUGCCAGUCACAGCUACAGCUCAAACACAGACACCAUGUGCUGCGUGCUCAGGACUGCAGACACAGCCCCAGAGGAGGACAAGGUGGAGGGGCUGAGGCAAGGGUGGGUGGCCUGGGACCACAGCUUCAGGAAUCUGAGCAGGGAGUGGAAUAUGGGCAGAAAGGAGUGAGAAAAAGGCAGGACUGGGAGAAACGGCUGGGUUGACAGUGGUCAUUUCCAAGCUUAAUGAUUCUGUGAUUCUGCAAAAUGUGAGUGGAGGGGUUGGGAGCAGAAAGCUGAAAGUGGCUGGGGUGCAGGUAGCUGGAGGAGGGAUGCUUUCUUAUGAAAACCAGCUGCAGGGUCGGAGGCCUCAGUGAGCAAAGCCACUCGCAGCAAUGAGAGAGACUGAAAGGGAGCCUCUGAAACAACAGAGAAGUUUGUCCACCAGGAAACACUUUGUCCAAAACUGGAACUUUAAAUGCGGCUGUUUCUCUGUGGUCAGCAAAUAUCUGUGACAGUGUCUGCCCUCUCUGUAAUGCUGGUGCUCAGAAAGGAUCACAGCCUAUUCAAGCUCUCACUUACUGUGUGAGCACAGGUCCUGCAAUGCUGCCAAAACUGCAGGGCUGUUGCUCAUCCCCUGGAUGCCUCUGUAAUGCCACGUGAUGCAUUUCCAGUUUGUCUGUGUUCAGAAGCUUGCAAUUUUCUUUUUUAUGGUGUUAAAAUAUUUCUCAGGGUUAAUAUGUUUUGAAGCUGCACGCAGAAAACAUAAGGAGUUGCAUCCUGAGAUGCCUACUGGGGCUUUGUUCAGAUGUAGCAUUUGUGUGCUGGGUUUCAGAUCUUAGUGUCAGGAUAGUAGUCAGCUGCUUUCAGAGGAACCUGCUGCUGUAUAUUGCUCAGAAUGCACCUGAUCUGAGGGUGAAGGUGGCAUAUGCAGCGAGGCACGCUGCUGGAGAUGUGCUGUUCACUGUAGUACCUGACAGUUGACCUGUAGAGAGAGCAAGACCUGUGGAAAGAAUGGUGCCGUAACGAAGACAGUAGGAGGAUGUCUUGGAAAGUGUCUCAUCUCGUCCCACCGAGCUGCUGGGUGACCAGGUCAUUUCAGCACAGUGUUUGUAUUCCUGUGCUCCUACUUGGUGUCUGAAGCCCUGGCUUGGAGCUCCUGAAGAACUGCCUGGUGCUUGCAGUGCAGCUGGAAGCUGUGGUUGAUCAUGGGAAGCACGAUGGGCAGUCAAGUCCUGAAUGGCUUGGGAUAUAUUCCUGAAAUGAGCAGAUACCUUUUGCCAUGUUUUGUGUGCCUUGAUUCCCUAUCUAUGACAUGAAGGUAUCUUUGCUGCCUUAUCUCACAGGAAUAUCAGGAAAAUACCAUCGCUGGUAUUUGUGAAGCGUUCUAGUGCUAUAUACUAACAUGUGAAAUGCCAUUCUGUCUUCAGAACGAGUCCUGAAUAGCGUACAAUAACUAUGUCAGAAAAAGCUCAGAGCAAACAGUGACAAGAAAACAAAAUUCUGAAUAGCUGGUCCCUAAGUGAGCAGUGUGCAUCCUCCUCACCGAAUUAGAUGGGAGGAAAAGGGUAUAUGUGUAUGUAACUAAAUGCUGUAUCAUAGCACAUUCAACUGUAAAAGCUUAAUUCAGUCUCACCACCCAAUCUGAGCAGUCUUCAUUUUGACUUUUCCCAUCUGAGUCCUGCAGGGACCUGCAGGUACACGGUGCCCUGCCAGCCUGAGUUAACAGGAUGAUGGGGAAGAGCCAAGAUAUUGAGGCUUACCUGUAGAUAUGUCAAGAUCCCUUUUUUCCUAUGAGAAAAGUAGCAAAAGUAUCAAAUUAAGGGCAGCUGUGUAUGUUUGUGUUCUGACAAAAGCAAAAAUACAGCAGAAGUUGGCAUAAGCACAGUCCGCACCGCCUAGUAGGGCACUGGAGCUAUUACUGUUGCCCUGCUCCCUUCAGAAAGCUGUGCAGUUCAGGCUCUGCCUGCUAAAUCUUUCAAGGAACUCGCUUCUUCCAUGAUAUCAGUGCCAUAAAUAAUUGCACGGUGUGGAAGGAUGCUCAGCAGCCUCAGCUGCUGGCAUUCAGCACCACACUGUCCAAAAGCCAGCCAGUAAUUCACAAACCAAAGCCUCCAUAUUGCAUUAAUUUUCACCUUGUGUUACCAUAGCUAACUUGUACUGCUAUUUAUCACCAGUGUAAAGGAAUCCUCAGGGAGAGAGUGGGAGUAUUUUUGUCACAGCUGAUCCAUAAGGGUUAUUGUGCAAGAGCUCUGUGCUUGUGGGCAAUCGGAACCUGUGCCUUGGUGUCCUCACCAGCAAAAUGGAUGCCAUGUUCCUGCAGCUCAGAAGGGACAGCAGAGCUUGUUUAGCAUGUCUGAUUGCCUUGUGGAAAUGCAGCUAAUGUCACUGGUAGUUUUCACUGAGCGCUGUCAGCAGGACAUGAGGAUGAAGCGGGGUGGUGUUGCAGUCAGGGUGAUCCCUCUGUAUCUUCUGUCCAGUGCAUCGUUUACUUUAUCAUUUAUUUUCAAACUCUGCCACAAAGCAUGCAUAAGUGCGUGAAGUAAAGCUACGUGUAUACUGUCAUGACACAGAAAUGGAAGCAUAUGCUGCAGUGUUUGUUUUUCAGGGAAAAUUGUGGAGAUGUGGUUAAAUACCUCCAGCAAAUUUGGAUUAUGUUUAGAAAAUUUUCCUGAAGAAAAAUGUAUUCUGAUUUACGGAACCCUAAACUGCGUUGAAGCAGACAAUGAAAAUGUACAAAGCUAUUUCCAGGUCAGCCUAGAAGCAUACAUGGAUAGGAGGAUAGGAUACAUUUUUGUGCGCGUGAACGUCAAACGAUCAGGAAAAAGUGCAUUUGGAAAUAUGCUAUGGAAAAUGAAUUCCGCUGCAAUCACUCUCAUUUUUUUUCUCCCUGUUUUCCCUCUCUCUUUCUGCUCUCCCUCCUGCAAACCUCCUG